AUUCAAAAAAAUUUAAGCACAACUUAGUGUAGAAAGAAAGAACUAAGCAAUUAAAAGCUCAUAAAAUGUAAAUAACAAAGAAUUAUUUUGACAGUUUUUACGAAUGAUGUUAUAAGUGAAAACGUUACAUUAAUAAAAAUAUCUUUCCCAAUCAUAAAUUUAAUUCCAGUGUGCGAUAAGAAAUCAUUUGUUAUCUUUUAAAAAACAUUCCGCUUCUUGCCGUUCAUUCGAAAACAAGUAAAACUUAUUCUUUUAAAUAAUUAUCCGGAAUAAACAGUUCAGAUACAUUUACAUCAUUAUGGAAAUUUCACAUGUUACUGUAAUUGGAGGUGGACAGAUGGGAAGUGGAAUUGCUCAAGUAGCAGCUCAAAGUGGUUACAAUGUAUCUUUAGUUGAAGUAAAUGAAUCAUUGCUGGAGAAGGCGAAAGCAAACAUAAAAUUGAGUGCUGAACGUUUGGCAAAGAAGCAAUUUAAAGAAGAUGCUUCAAAGGUCGAUGAAUUUGUUAGCACUGUCAUUUCAAGGAUUUCAGGAACUACUGAUAUCCACACUGCUUUAUCUAAGACUGACAUUGUCAUAGAAGCGAUUGUGGAAAAUGUCGAUGCCAAGAAGAAAUUGUUCUCAUCUCUUGACAAGAUUGCACAGCCUAAAACAAUCUUCGCUAGCAACACUUCAUCAAUUCCAAUCAGUGAAAUUGCAAAAAGUACAAAUCGUCUUGAUCGUUUCUUAGGACUUCAUUUCUUCAAUCCCGUGCCUAUGAUGAAGCUUUUAGAAGUCAUUCGAAUUCCUGAAACGAGCGAUGAAACUUAUGAAACUUGUAUGAAGUUUGGAACAAAACUUGGUAAGACUUGUGUGACUUGUAAAGAUACUCUCGGCUUUAUCGUCAAUCGCUUAUUGGGAGCAUACACAACUGAAGCUGUUAGAAUGUUGGAGCGUGAUGAUGCAAAAGCUAAAGAUAUUGACAUUGCGAUGAAACUUGGCGCAAGUUAUCCAAUGGGUCCAUUCGAGUUACUCGACUACAUCGGCCUUGACACAACUCAAAGCGUUCGUGAAACAUUUGCACGAUAUGAUCCCCAAAAUCCACUUUACGAACCAAGUCCAACAAUUGAUAAAUUAGUUAAAGAAGGAAAACUUGGAGUCAAAACUGGAGAAGAUUAUACAAAAUCUGAAAACAUUGCCAACACAAACAACUUAAAAAUGGUGAAACCAACUAUUUAUCAUAAUUACUUUAGUCCACCAUCAAGAUUCGCUGUUAUUACGGCUAAUCAUAUUGGUUUGGAUUUUGAAGUGAAAAAUCUGAAUCUAUUCAAAGGUGAACAAUUCACGCCUGAAUUCAUUGCCAUUAAUCCAACAUCAACUGUUCCAGCAUUAGUCGAUGGAAAUGUUAAAGUGUUCGACUCAACAGCCAUUGGAAUUUAUUUGGUUGAAAAAUAUGCAAAAGAUGAUCAAUUGUACCCAAAAGAUUUGGUGAAGCGAACAAUGGUUAACGAACGUCUUUUAUAUGUCGGAAACUACUUGUUUCCUAGAUUGUUUCAAAUAAUCGUGCCUGGUUUAUACGGGAGAGAAGUUGAGGUUCCCAAAUAUAAAUUCGACGAUAUCAUAAGAGGCUAUCAAGCGAUUGAAAAGUUUUUAAGUGUCACAACUUAUUUGGCUGCAAACACAAUAACUUUAGCUGAUUUGUAUUUGUGGGCAAUAAUGGAAUCAUUGGCACAAGUCAUUCCAAUUGACACUGAAAAGUUUCCGCAUUUCAACAAGUGGAUGCAAAAGAUGAAAGAACAUCCUUCAUACAAGAUGAAUAAGGAUGCUGCAGUUGAUCAUAUUCGAUUCUAUCGAGCAUGCAUUGAGAAAGCUAAGAAAUUAGGAAGAGAACUUGAAGGAAGCGAUCUUUCGUUUUAUCAACUCGAUUUCUUAUCAUAAUUUCCUUAAUACUUUAAUCCAAAUAUGUCUAAUUUAUUAAAUCUCGUAAUUCGACGAACAAUGUCAUCAGCUUCAAAAGGUAUCAACCACGUAACUGUUGUUGGUGGUGGAUUGAUGGGAAGUGGAAUUGCUCAGGUAGCAGCGCAAACUGGUCAUAAUGUGACUUUGGUGGAUUUGGAUGCUUCCUUACUUGAAAAAGCAAAGAAAAGCAUCGCGAAAAGCUUGGAACGAGUCGCUAAAAAACAAUUCAAAGAUGAAACAUCAAAAAUUGAUGAAUUCGUUGCAAGUGUCACUGCACGUAUUGAAGGGACAACAGACAUUAAAUCAGUAGCUGAUAAGACAGAUAUCGUUAUCGAAGCUAUUGUUGAAAACUUGGAUGUCAAGCAGAAACUUUUCUCUUCCAUUGAUCAGUUAGCCAAACCAACAACAAUCUUUGCAAGCAAUACAUCUUCCAUUCCUAUUGCUGAAAUUGCGAAAAGUACGAACCGAACUGAUCGAUUUUUGGGUCUUCACUUCUUCAAUCCGGUGCCAGUGAUGAAACUCUUAGAAGUAAUACGAACGUCGGACACAAGCGAUGAAACUUACAACGUUUGUAUGGAAUUUGGAAAGAAACUUGGCAAGGCUUGUGUGACUUGUAAAGAUACUCCAGGAUUUGUCGUCAAUCGUUUGCUUGUUCCUUACAUGGCUGAAGCUGUCAGAAUGUUAGAGCGUGGCGAUGCAACAGCUAAGGAUAUUGACAUUGCAAUGAAACUUGGUGCAGGAUAUCCAAUGGGACCAUUCGAACUUGGAGAUUAUGUAGGCCUCGACACAACUAGAAGCGUCCUCCAAACAUAUGCACGCUUUGAACCUGAAAAUCCUCUAUUCAAACCCAUCCCAUUGUUGGAUCGAUUAGUUGAAGAAGGAAAACUUGGAAUCAAGAGUGGUGAAGGAUUUUACACUUACAAAAAAUAGAAAUUUUAUAUUAUUUUAAAAAUAUUUUUAUUACGUUGUCAAAGUGAAAAAAAUACAUAAAAAAGUUCAAUCAAUUAUGUGACGAAAUAUGGUUUAGCUUCAAGAAUAAGUUGUUCAAACUUUGAUCUUUGUCCUACAGGUUUGAUGUUUAUUCGUUGCUUAACUCUCAUGUCAAUUCGAUCUUCACAAUGAAAUCUCUUGAGGUUUGGAAAAAGUUGAGGAUCGUGAAUUGAUUGUGUUCGGAGUUCUUGAACUUCAAGCUCUUCUAAUGCCCGACAAUGAGUUCCAACCGCCUUCAGUAAAACUUUAUCCAAACAAUCAGUAAUUAAGAAUUUCAAAUUAGGCAUUGCUUCAAACAAUGCAUUGAAAAUUUUUAAUCUGCUCUUGUUGCAAGAAUAACUUUCAAUCUCAAACUUUGUGAUGGAAGUGUUUGAAUUAAAAUUAACUUUUGUCCAAUCAAUCGUCAACUCAACAUCAAAAAGAUCGACGAUGAGAUCUUUCAAUCGUGGCAUUUUGAAGAUUAAUUUUAAGAUUUCAAUUCCACACCAAUCUUCAAGUCGCAAUGUUUCGAUUGAUUCUGCUUGACUUUCAAGGAAGUCAAACAUGCAACUUCGGUCCAUUGGAAAUUCAUUUUUGUAUGAGAACAUUUUUAAUUUGAAUUUGUGUAAAGAAAUUGAUUCCUUCUUGAAAGCUAGAUGGGUUUGACAUCGCCAUAGUGUCAGGUUUUCUAAUUCACUAUUAUUAGCCAAAAUCUUUCGAACAUUCUCAGAAUUUCUUUUCCAGGUCUCGUUGUCAAAGUCGAGUCUUAAAACUUUCAAACUUUUACAUUCGAAAGCUAUCUCAUUCAUAAGAAGUCCAUUAUUUCGACUCAGAUCUAAGUUUUUAAGUUUAGGAAAUGACAUCUUUACUUCUGGUUGAACUUCAACUAAUAUGUCAUUUGGAUUUUCUAGAAACGAAUACGACAUGCUGAAGUUCUCAACAUCCAACUCAACAAGUUUCAUCAUUUCGAGCAGAUCUUUUUUAUUCUUUAUCUUUCGCAUGGACAUAUACACUUCCUUCCACUUUCCUCUCUGUAAUAUUUGAAGUAUUUCUGGAACUACAUUUUGGAUGUUGUGUAAGUAAAUAUUUUCAUACAAUCGCAGACUUUUCAAAUCACUUGACAUAUUUUCAAAUUUUUUUUCUUCGCCUUUUGAAAAUGGAACGACUAUUUUUAAAUUUAAUUUCUCCAUACAUUUAUUCGACUUUUCAGUUAGCUUAAACCAUAAUGGAGAAACGGUGGAAACGCUCAAAACAUCCUCAUUUAUAAAAUGUUGGAAAAUUAAUUCUAACAAAUCUGAAUGAAUCCUUUGGAAAGGAUCUAAAUUAUUGAGUUUGUUUUUCUUUGAUGGUACUUCCAUGACUUUAAAUACC